GGUAGCUGAUUCGUUUUGUGAACGAAUACAGAAACGGAUAUUUCAACGGGAAAACUUGGAAUUCUGUCUCGACAGUUAUCAGACGUCAUUAGCUAAGAAUGCUGCACGUUUAAAGCGGACAAAGGUUCCCAAAAUCCCCUGAUCCCUUCACCUUUGACCUCUGACCCUCAUGGAGGACCUGGCUACUGCCUCGGUCCUGGUGGGCACGUCCCAGCAGCCGUUCUGCCGCCCCGCUCCGGAACGUCGCAUCCGUAAAACCGGAACCGCGAACAUUUUCCAGGGCGUUAAUCUGCGGCAGCUGCGGCGACUGUUCCGCGCGGCGGGAGAAGAGGAUCCCGAGCACCGAGCCCGACUGGUGUGGGGAGGCGACGGAGGAGGAGAAAGAAAAGGAGAAGAAGAGAGGGAUGAAGAAGAGAUAGAGAUUGGUUUGGCCCAGGCUUUGGUCGGGCUGAGGGUGAGGGCUCGGACCAGGAGCGGGAUAAGGGCAGAAGGGCAUCGCAGCGUCGCCGCGGGGACGAGGAGAGACAGAGACGCUGAGUAUUAUAGGAACAUUGAGGGGUAUCCAGGACAACCUGAUGACAUCAUCAAUGAUGACGAUGAUGGUGAUGACACCGGUGCUGAACUUGGAGCCUGUGGAGGGAUGGACAAUGUUGACUUUGGGUCAGGUGACCAUGAACCCGCGCCGCUAUUGGAUGAGGGUGUCAGAGGGGCGUGUUCGGGUCCACUGCUGGGUAGGAACGGAAUCCCAGAGAAAGAUCCAGAACGCUACCUGCACCGGAUACAUCACUGAACACAGCAGGAGGGAAAAUGCGUGGGAUUACUCGCAGAUUAAGAGAUGAGGAUUAAGUGCUAAUCUGAAAGAUGAGUUCUAUGUGAGCAAUGUCUCUCUCUCUCUCUCUCUCUCUCUUCAUCGUGCUGAUGAUGGCUAAAGUGAGAAAAAGUGAGAAGGAGAGAGAGAGCGAUCACGUAAUGGACCGUAAAGUCAGCAGCUGUCAAUCUGAAACCAUGCAGAAUUUUGAAGACUGGCGGAAAGCCUGCCCAUCUCAGCUGGCGUGGUGAUUGGUGGAGUCUCUGAGUGAGGCCACACCCACUGCCUCAUAGCCUAUACAAGAAAACCGGACAUAUCUCAGGAACUCUUCAGAUUUUAUACGUGUGUGUGUGUAAGAGAGAGGGACAAAGAUGUAACUGAAAUUGGUUUGGUUGUCAUAGCACCAUUCCUGAAUAUUCCUCAAACACUUCAGUUUUGACAACGAUUUCAUUGAUCGAAAUGUCAAAACAACUUCCCAAGCCUGCUCCUCUGUAGUUUAAAGGCAUAGAGUCAAAAGAUACCCCUUCGCAAAGUAAUGUUGUCAUUUCAUUCUGUCCAAGUCUAGGCUUAUGUCUGAACACGCAAACGGAA